CCCCUCGCUCGCUCUCCCCUGCUCCCCGAACCAAACCCUACACCGCGGCGGCGGCUAUAUAAAAGCCUCACCCGACCCGGGCGCUAGGGUUCUUCUCCGUUCCUCCCACUCGCCGCCGCCACCUCCCGAGCCCCAGGCGCUCCAGCACCCGGAGCUCCCCCGCUCAUCGCCCACCAUGAUCAUCCCCAAGAAGAACCGCAAUGAGAUCUGCAAGUACCUCUUCAAGGAGGGCGUGCUGUACGCCAAGAAGGACUACAACCUGGCGAAGCACCCGCAGAUCGAUGUGCCCAACCUGCAGGUGAUCAAGCUCAUGCAGAGCUUCAAGUCCAAGGAGUACGUCAGGGAGACCUUCUCGUGGCAGUACUACUACUGGUACCUCACCAACGAUGGCAUUGAGCACCUGCGCAACUACCUCAACCUGCCAUCUGAGAUCGUGCCUGCCACGCUCAAGAAGUCUGCCAGGCCACCUGGCCGUCCGUUUGGCUCUGGCCCUCCUGGUGACCGCCCAAGGGGCCCACCUCGCUUUGAAGACAGGCCAAGGUUUGGUGAGAGGGAUGGGUACCGUGGUGGUCCUCGUGGUGCUCCUGGUGACUUUGGUGGUGAGAAGGGCGGAGCUCCUGCAGAGUUCCAGCCAUCUUUUAGGGGUUCUGGUGGCAGACCUGGCUUUGGCCGUGGCGGCGGCAGCGGCUUUGGUGCUGGCCCAACCUCUUCAUCCAUGGAGUGAAGUUGCCCCUAGUUUGGACAUGGUGUUUCCCUUCGCGCGAGGCGUUUAAUUUUGAAGGACAGUUAUUAUGUACUAGUAAUGUUAUCCGGAUCGGCGAGUGCUGACAUAUGCAGAAAAAUUGUGCUAUCUUGAUACCUUGGUUCCAGUAUAAUAGUCUUUGCAAACGUGGUUUCAUGUCAUUACCUUUUCGAAAGCUAUUCUCCUGUUUUGCU